UGGGUAUACUUCGGGCGUCUCCAAAAUGACAGCUUCAAAACAUCGUGGUCUCAAACUGACGUAGGUCGAACUGUGCUUUAAAGCUGGGAAGGCGCGACCUAAAAAGAGGUCAGUAUCGAGCUCCACCCUCAACUACUUCAAAUUCAUCAACACCAAGACAUCAAAAACAAACAAACAACCAGCGAAUCAUGUCUGCAACCUCUUCGAACAGCGACUACCUGGUCGCAGGAGCGGGCGCCUUUGGAGCUUCAACAGCUCUCUAUCUCAAACGCGCGUAUCCAGACAAAAGUGUGACUCUCGUCGACCGUGGCGAAUUUCCUUGCUUGUUGGCGGCAGCUCACGAUCUCAACAAAAUCAUUCGCGCCGAAUAUGAAGACCCAUUCUAUAUGAAGCUUUCUCUGGAGGCUCAGGGUGUGUGGCGAUCUGAUCCCAUCUUUACGCCCCACUUCAACCAGACCGGCAUUCUCUUCAAAGGCAUCGCGGGUAUCGGCCAAGCCAUCGUUGACAAUUAUGUCAAAUUGAUCGGGACAUCGCCUGCAGAGUUGAUCAGUCCUGAAGAUGCAAAGGGACGCUUUGAUGGCGUGUUAAGAGAUGCAGAUUGGACGGGUGUGACAAGUUGUACCUGGAAUCCCGAAGCUGGUUGGGGCGAUGCUGCAAAUGCGCUGAAGAGUGUCAUCCAAGCUGCCAUUGAUCUUGGCGUGAACUACGUCGCAGGAUCAAUUGGAACAAUCACCUUCGCACCGGACGGCUCAGCAACGGGCCUGGCACUUGACGAGGGCAGAAUACUCACUGGUAGCAAGACUAUCUUGUGCACUGGAGCCUACACCGCGGAAUUAAUCGCCGAUAGCGCGCCCGAGAGGGACGAAAUUCAAGUCAAGGGACGGAUGGUAGCAGCUGCGGCCAUCAUGUGUGCCUUCAAAGUUCCCCAGGAGGAGCUGUCUAAAUUCGCAUCUGCCCCCAUCGUCAUAAGCCCAAUGGGUGAUUAUCCCAGUGAGAGCAUUCCACCGGGACCACUAGGUCUUGUCAAAUGCACCCAUGAACGAAGCUUUACCAACGUAUCCUAUCAUUCCUCAUCCAAACAAACUUUCUCUAUGGUACCUCGCCGCACUCAGCAAAUGACCUGGAGCCAAGAAGUACCCCGAGGACUCAAAGGCGAGGUGGGGAUCAGCAGAGUGAAAAUCUAUGGUAAUUGGGUCAAGGACGUGGAACCUGAAUUCUAUCGAAUGUGUUGGGAUGCAGUAACCCCCAAUCAGGACUUCAUCAUCUCUCCUCAUCCUAAAUGUCAAAACCUCUACAUCGCAACUGGUGGAUCUUUCCACGGCUGGAAAUUCCUCGCCAACAUCGAUAAAUAUGUCGUUCAGAUGCUAGACGGCUCUCUAGAUUCGGCUGCCGCCCAAAGAUGGGCUUGGGAUCGCAAGGAUGACGGAGCUGCGUGUGGACUGUAUCUGCCUUCGAGAGAUUUGAGUGAGGUUAAGGGCUAUAAGGCGAUGGUUGAUGCGGCGGGGAAAUGAUUAAAGAGUUGAGCAAGCUCAUUAACUGGGCUGAGACGAAAUGGAGGAGUGUCAUUUCCUGGGACAAAGGUUUUG